AAACGUCAAAAAGGACAGGUUUGUGUCUCUCACGGGAGGUGGCUCACAGUACGUAUGACGAUGAUGUCCGUGGGUGAGUUCCUCCGGCUCCAGGCCGUGGAGAUCGCAUUCUUGUCCGUGCUUGCCUUCUUGCCUUACUUCGUGGCUCUCAAGGAAGUUGGGCUUACCCUCCUCUUCAUAGGCUUGUCUAUUGGUGGUUACAAACUUCUGAAGAAGAAACUAAUGAGACGAGUUCCUGUUGAAGGCAAGAGUGUGUUUAUAACCGGCUGUGACACAGGUAUUGGUAACUCUCUGGCCCGUCGGCUGGUGUCUCUGGGGUUUCGGGUGUUUGCCGGAUGUUACCGCCCCGACGACGAGGAGGCCCAGGCCCUGAGGGCUUCCUGCGGAGAUUCCCUACACGUUGUACCUCUUGAUGUCUCCUCUGACAGCAGUGUGGCUGACGCUGUCAAGCAUGUCAAGGAAUACUUGAAAGAUGGGGGAUGUUUGUGGGGCGUUGUGAAUAAUGCUGGUCAGGACGUAAAUGGCGAAGCCGAGCUCUGCACCAUGGACAUUUACAAACGCUACAUGGACAUUAACAUGUUUGGAACUGUUCGAGUGACAAAGGCCUUCUUGCCCCUGAUCAGGCGUUCAAAAGGUCGAAUUUUGAACGUGACGAGUGUUAAAGGCCGAGUUGGCACCCCACAAACGGCUGCUUACACGAUGAGCAAAUACGCUGGAGAGGGUUUCGCGGACGUUCUCAGGAUAGAGAUGAAACAAUGGGGGGUCAAGGUCAUUCUCAUAGAACCCGGAAACUUCGGGGGAACUACAUCCAUUCUGAAAAAUAUGAAUAGAGAGAGGAUGAAGAGGGAUCUAGAAAUCAUGUGGGAGGAGGCGACACCGGAAGUGCAGGAGGAUUAUGGGAGAGACUACCAUUUUGCGGUCAUGUCUGGUAUCUGUGAGGCCGUAGGCACGGCCCCCAACUCACUGGCUCCGGUCAUUGAUGCCAUGGAGGAUGGUCUAGUGAAUGAGGCCCCUAAAUCCCGAUACCUCAUAGGAGGAAGCAACCAGAUCCUUGACGCUUACAAGACGAUCGUGCUUCUGGGCGUGAUUUUACCUGACGUGGUGACAGAUUUCCUUAUUGAACGCUUUCUCUGGUCAAAGAAGAUUCGACCCAUGGCUUUGAAAAGACGUUAGCAGAUUUUGUGUCCAAUUCAAGGUCAUACAAUACCUGCAGGAGACAAGAAAUACGUUUUAGAGGCAAUCAACAGCGUGCAGUGUUUGAAAAAUGUGGUGUGAAAUAUAUGACUCCCAGACGAAUAUAUUCAACAGUCGGCCUAUCUGGAUUUAAGUGACGCCAACCUUUUCCGAGCGAGAUUGAAACUGUUUCCAUAAUAAUAAUAUCUUUAUUUAAACAUAGUGAAGCUAUCAGUAUGCAACUGUUCUUCAUAGAAGUUUAUAGAUAUAUUAUCUCAGUUUAUGUGUAUAUGAUUGGCCUCUGAAUAGCGUAGACUGCCCAUAAUCUAACUACUACAUAGCCCUUCUCUAAUGAGGUACAUGUAACAUGUGUACUGCAUUGUGAUUGUGGCCUUAGAUUUUGAGCUUUAUCCGGUACCUUGCCGUCUCACUCUCCAACAUAUAAGUAUGGCCCAACAUAUAUAAGUAACAUAUAACUACCACCACCCCACCCCCAAUUCACACACACAAGAAAAAAAAUAAUACUAAAAAACAAAUAAAAUCUACCAGAUAAUAUGAGCAAUUUCAUGCAAUUUUUAAUGUUGAUGUGUAAAAUGUUGGUUGAAUAUAUGUCUGCCAUGUAAGCCAUGAUCGUCAUUGAGAAAAAUAUGUUACUAGCAUUUCAAUGCAGCCGGAACUCCUUUGUUACUAGACUAGUCGUUUGGGAAGCUGUCGUCAUAUGUGUGUUAUAUUUAACAGAAUAAUCUGCUGCAAUAACAGAAUAUAUUUUAGCAUCACUCAGAUAACAGACUUUGUGAUAAAUUUAACAGAUUAAUUUUGUGAGUGUAGAGUUUGUAUGAGCACUGAAUGUUUAGUGAUGAUGUAUCGCUGUUUGUUAAAAUUUAUGUUUGCAACUUACCUAUUUAAUUGAUUAGUGUUUGACGCGCUACGCAAGAAUGCUUUACUUACACUACAGCGGUCACAUUGUGGGAGGAGGAUACCGGCCAGACACUGAAGAAUCCAGCGCGUCUCACUUGUAAAUAUCUGCAAGUUUCUGUUGUAAAUCCACUGCCAAACCACCAUGACCUGGUCUCGAACCAAAGACUCCCAUUCUUUCUCAUUUCUAUAGCGAAACUGCGACUGUGUCCAAAUGUUUGUCUCACAGAUAUCCAACCCUAAAUCACGAAAAAAUAAAAUUCUGUCUAAUGUAUAUAACUGCUUCGUUACUAAAACAUUGACAGGGAUAUUCUUCU